AUGAAUUCAAAAGUUCAGGUGCCAUUUGAGAAAGUAGAAGGAAUAGAUCUUUCUAGGGCGGUGGAGACUCGUUCGAAUUAUCAAUUGCAAACUCAAAUCCAUGAUCUUCAGCAUCACAUGGACUCCUCUCCUGUGCAUUCCACUCCUUCCGUUGAAGAAGACGAGUGGGACACUGAUGGAUUUGUGAUUCCAAGCUUGGGCAUUGGAGAUCCAGACCAGAAUCAAACUGUUUCUCCAAAAGUAGAAGAUUCUAAACCGUCCACAAUUCAGGCUAAUAAAGAAGAGAAGAUAUAUCUCGGACCACACGGAGCCCCACCAUCACAUUCGAAGCUGCAAGAGCUGAAUUCUUCUAGCCGCAAGCAGAGGUUUAGACAGAAACUUAAGGAAGCGGAUAGGCAAUACAGUGCAACUGGGCGGGAAAAUAAGGUCGAUGACUUGAGAGAGCUUGUGGGUGGUGGAAGAAUGUCCUCCAACACUUCAAAGAGGGUAUACUCUGUCACCAUAGAUGCUGAAGAAGGAACAGCAAGAGUUUCCGGGUUGGUCGACCCGAACAUACUUAUGCGGGCCUUAGCAAGGACCGGGUACCAUGCAGAGCUGAAAUGGGUCAAGUUAAAGCACCCGGAAUUAAGUAGAAGUUAUUAUAGUGACUAUGGUCAGUACAAUUAUGGACAUGGGUACAAUGACCCGUAUGGAUAUCCACGGACUUUACCGAAUCAUUCAUGGUAUCAUUACCCGAGAAGAUCUGGAUAUCCGUUCCACGGGUCAGGCUAUUUUCACUCGUCUCUGCCCCUGCCUAGGUACGUUCCCCUGUUCUAA